GGGAGAGGAGCAGAGCACACAGAGGACACAAGAAGUGCAUUUGGAGAGGUGUCCUGUGUCACAGGCUCUGGCUGAGUCACCCUAAAGAGCCAUGAGGCGAGAGAGCCCGGCCCUUGGCUGGGCCAUGGCUGCUGUCCUGAUGCUGCAGGCGCUGGCCAUGGGCAAUCAUUCCCCAAAGACCCUGCGCAGCCAGGCCGGGGUGUUCGCGGACCUGAGCAUCCAGGAGGUGAAGGCCGUGCGCAACUUCCUCUGGUCCCGGAAGGACCUGAGGCUGGAGCCCUCCAGAGGAUCAACCAUCACCAAGAACUACGUGUUCCUCAUUGAGAUGCUGCUGCCCAGGAAGCAGCAGGUGCUGAAAUUUCUGGACCAGGGUCACAGGCGGCCGGCUCGGGAGGCGCGUGCCCUCAUCUUAUUCGGAGCCCAGGAGCAUCCCAACGUCACCGAGUUUGCCGUGGGUCCCCUGCCAAGGCCCCACUACCUGCGCCCGCUGCCCCCCAGGCCUGGGCACCGGAUAUCCUGGAACUCCAGGCCCAUGUCCUCGGCAGAGUAUGUCCUACUGAACCAAACCCUGCAGGAGGCCACCAGGCCCUUGCACCGAUUUUUCCUGGACACCACGGGCUUCUCCUUCCAGGACUGUCACACCCGAUGCCUGACUUUCACCGACGUGGCCCCUCAGGGCUUGGCCUCGGGCGAGCGCCGCUCCUGGAUCAUCUUGCAGCGCUUUGUGGAAGGCUUCUACUUGCACCCCACAGGCCUGGAGCUCCUCCUGGACCACAGCAGCAUGAAUGCCCAGGACUGGGCGGUGGAGCAGGUCUGGUACAAUGGGAAGUUCUACCGAAGCCCAGAAGAGCUGGCCCGGAAGUACGAUGCCGGAGAGGUGGACGUGGUGGUCCUGGAGGACCCGCUCCCCGAGGGCAAGGGGGCCAAGGGCACGAAGGAGCCGCCCCUCUUCUCGUCCUACAAGCCACGUGGGCAUUUCCCCAGCCCCAUGACCGUGAAGGGCCCCCACCUGGUCCAGCCCCAAGGCCCCCGCUACAGGCUGGAGGGCAACGCUGUGCUCUACGGGGGCUGGAGCUUCGCCUUCAGGCUGCGGUCCUCCACGGGGCUGCAGGUGCUGAACGUGCAUUUCGGUGGGGAGCGCAUUGCCUAUGAGGUGAGCGUCCAGGACGCAGUGGCGCUGUACGGAGGCCACACACCUGCGGGCAUGCAGACCAAGUACAUCGAUGUGGGCUGGGGUUUGGGCACCGUCACCCAUGAGUUGGCCCCCGGCAUCGACUGCCCAGAGACAGCCACCUUCCUGGAUGCCGUCCACUACUAUGAUGCCGAUGACCCUGUUCACUACCCCCGAGCCCUCUGUGUCUUCGAGAUGCCCACGGGGGUGCCCCUUCGGCGCCACUUUGACUCCGACUCCAACGGUGGCUUCAACUUCUAUGCAGGGCUCCAGGGCCAGGUGCUGGUGCUGCGGACGACGUCCACGGUCUACAACUAUGACUACAUUUGGGACUUCAUCUUCUACCCCAACGGGGUGAUGGAGGCCAAGAUGCACGCCACUGGCUAUGUGCACGCCACCUUCUACACGCCCGAGGGGCUGCGCUACGGAACACGCCUGCACACGCACUUGAUCGGCAACAUACACACUCACCUGGUGCACUACCGCGUAGACCUGGAUGUGGCAGGCACCAAGAAUAGCUUCCAGACGCUGGGCAUGAAGCUAGAAAACAUCACCAACCCCUGGAGCCCAGAGCACAGGCUGGUCCAGCCAACCCUAGAGCAGACAGAGUACUCCCGUGAGCGCCAGGCGGCCUUCCCCUUCGGACAGACUUUGCCCAAGUACCUGCUCUUCACCAGCCCCAAGGAGAACCGCUGGGGCCACAAGCGCAGCUACCGGCUGCAGAUCCACUCCAUGGCUGAGCAGGUGCUGCCGCCCGGCUGGGAGGAAGACUUGUAUGUGGCUCUGCCACAGGGGCUGGGCCACCCCCGUGCCCAGAGCCACCUGGCUGCUCUGCCCGGCAGGUACCCCCUGGCAGUGACCAAGUACCGGGAGUCUGAGCGGUGCAGCAGCAGCAUCUACAACCAGAACGACCCCUGGGACCCGCCUGUGGUCUUUGAGGAGUUUCUUCAAAACAAUGAGAACAUUGAAGAAGAGGACUUGGUGGCCUGGGUGACAGUGGGCUUCCUGCACAUCCCCCACUCAGAGGACAUCCCCAACACGGCCACCCCCGGGAACUCUGUGGGCUUCAUGCUCCGGCCCUUCAACUUCUUCCCCGAGGACCCAUCCGUGGCAUCCAGGGACACCGUGAUCGUGCGGCCCCGGGACAAAGGCCCCAACUACGUGCAGCGAUGGAUCCCUGAGGAGGGCGGGGACUGCUGGAAGCCUACCCCCUUUAGCUACAAUGGCACUUACUGGCCUGUGUGA